GCGCCGCCCGGGCCGGGAGCCGGCCCCGAUGGCGGCGGCGGACGGGGCCGAGGACGGCGCGGAGGAGGUGCCCGCGCAGUUCGAGUGCUCCAUCUGCAUGAAGCUUCUCCUUGACCCGGUGACGGUGUCGUGUGGCCACACGUUCUGCCGCGUGUGCCUGGAGCAGUCCCUGGGCUACCGCAGCCUCUGCGCGGUCUGCCGGGCGCCCGUGGUCGCUGGACAGGGCAUCAACGUUUUGAUCCGUGGCCUCAUCGCGGAGCAGUACCCACGAGCCCUGGCUCGCCGGCUGCGGGAGGCCGAGCAGGACCUCCGGGCGGGCGAGCUCCAGGCGGACGAGGAGCGGCGGAGGGAGGCCAGGGCGGGCGCCGGCGGCGACGGCCCUGACGCCGGCGCUCCGCUGUUCCCGCUGCUGCGGUGGCCCGCGUCGCUGCCGAUGGUACUGCCGCACUGCCGCGCGGAGGUGGAGCUGCGGGAGAGCGGCCAG